AAAUAAAUCAUUGCGUGUUUAUCUAAUUGAUCCGCCGAUACUAUGUACUGCAGAAGUACACUAGCGCCUGGGAAGUGUAGUUUCCGUGCUGUCCUGUCUCUUAACAAGCCAUUCAUCGUGUGAUGAGAACACGUAACGCUGUUUUGUCACGCUGAGCCGAACCAAACCAAACCCGAGUGGCUGGCGGUCAGUGGCUCGCUGACCGCUCAUCGGACAACAUGAACCGGGCGCUCAGAAAGUCUCAGUCUCUGCGUUGCUGUUCGGUCCUCGAGGUAAAAAGUAAAUAUGGUGCAGAAUUCAGGAGGUUUUCCCUGGACCGCUCUGAGCCUGGCAGGUAUAAAGACUUUCAAAGGCUCAUUGUGCGUUUACAUCACCUAUGGCAAAUGGAUGUCCUUAUCGGCUAUGCUGAUGUCCAAGGAGAGCUGCUGCCCAUCAAUAAUGAUGACAACUUCUACAAAGCUGUGACCUCCACACAGUCUUUACUGCGUAUCUUCAUUCAGCUUCAAGAGGAAGCUGACCAGGCUAUCAUAGGUGUUGAAGAUGCAACAAAACGAAAGAAACCUGUCAGCCAGAGAAAAACCCCAUUCCAGAUCAGCAUGCCACAGAACUUCCGGCCCGUUUCGUCCAUCAUCGAUGUGGACGUCAUACCAGAAUGCCACAGAAGAGUGCGUCUGUAUCACCAGGGCUCAGACAGACCUCUGGGGUUUUACAUUCGCGAUGGUACCACUGUCAGGGUUACUCCGUACGGUCUGGAAAAGGUUCCGGGCAUUUUCAUCUCCCGCAUAGUUCCUGGAGGACUGGCUGCUUGCACGGGACUGCUGGCCAUUAAUGACCAGGUCCUGGAAGUGAAUGGUAUUGAUGUUUUGCGGAAGUCUUUGGAUCAGGUAACCGACAUGAUGAUCGCCAACAGCCACAACCUCAUCAUCACGGUGAAACCUGCAAACCAGCAUAACAACAUAAGGCGAAAAAGCUGCAGUUCCUCAAGUUCGGGACACUAUUUUGAUAGUGCGCACUCCAUAAGCUAUCCAGGGCUACCUAUGAUAAUGAAAGCUUAUGGUUUAGGUAAUGGCUCUGAGAGCGAAGAGGAUGCAGACGUGGUUGUCGAGAGCCCCAUCAAACACCGGUCCCGACAUCAGGGGUCUUCAGCACCCUCUCAUUCUUCUCAGCUUUACGUUAAUACUUCCUACAGGCCUCAAGUUUCUGCCAGAUGGCCCAACUCACUCAUUUCGGCUGCGUCCUAUCACUCUCAGCCUUGUCUCGCUCAUACAGCUCACACUGACCAUAGCGCCGCUCUUCACAGGCAUCGGACCUCCCAGCAGCAUUUCGGCUGUAAUCCGGUCAUCAGACAGGGAAGCUCCAGUACACAUGAUAUUCUAAACACGUGGCACGUAGAUCUGAGUCGCCAUUUACUGUUGCCCCAGGGGGCAAUGGAGGAAGAUGGAAUUGUUGUUGUUUUGUAAAAUAAAAUGAAAAUACGCCACCCGCUUUAAACUGUACACUACAAUUUAUAAAUUACUCUAUAUGUAAUUACUCACAUGGCAGUAUCGUGAUCACUUUUUAAAAUUACUGUGGAUUCUGCAUGUUGAGGAAUUUUCGUAUUGUCCAGCAUAAAAAUAUACUCUGAAAAGCCUUUAAAAAGUGUUUAAAAUAAAAAAAUUUUUAAUUCACUCAGCCCCUUUUAAUUCAUUCCAAACCCGAAUGAUUUUCUUUUGAAAAAAUUAAGGAAUUUUGGAAAAUGUUAGUAGUUGAUGUUGAUGGUGACUAAUGAAUUCAGUUGUAUGUCUCGAGAAAUAUUUCUUUACUCUCCACAGUGAAAGAAAAUCAUCAAAGUUUGGAAUGAGUGAAAGUGGGUGACUGAUGACAAUAUCUUUACUUUUGUAAUUUUACGUUUAAAUAAAUGCAAACUCUGCUCA